AUGUCAUAUCCAGCGCCUAUUCAGCUAAGUCGCGAUGGCACAUCCGAAAAGGCGCGCAUUGUCAUCAACAGCGGCGGCGAGAAUGGUAACGUCGCGUUCGAGGGUGAGGCUUCUAGUGGUAUUGGCUUCACAUCCAACUUGGGAGAUCCGACAAGGUCAACCUCGGACGUAGGGGAGAGGAAGGUCAUGUUCGACAACAGUACCCUCACUCCACACGAUCAAUACGUCCUCGUCAUGCCAGAAAGUCCAUCUCAUGUCAUUAAGUGGGAGCUUAAUGACGGAGUCAAGCUCAGUAAGGCUCUUUGGGUGGCAGAAUGGGAUAGCGGAAGUUUGACAACAAUCUCGGAGGCUACCCCCAGCCAAGACGAUCGAGGGAUGGCAUCUGCGAGGCCCGGUGCCACAUCACCACCUGCAGCCCCCCUUGUCACCACCAAAGUAAAGCGUCAAGACUCUAUCACAAUGGGAUUCACCGACACUAGUCUUACCCUUCCCCUUGAUUCUAGUGUAUUAAAGUUUCUGUUCUCUAGUAUGUACAUUGAGCUUCAAUGGACAUUGGGAGAGGAAUCCGGCACGACGAAGACUGGGUUGUUUGCCAUCACAAACGGAACCUACCAGUCCCCAACGUACUAUGACGCAGUCGGCAAACUCGCAGAUCGACGUAAAAAGGACAAAGAGUCGGCUGAGGGAAUUGAAGAUCCGGCCAGCUCGACGUCAACAUCAUCAAUAUCCGCCACUCAGACAACAGCCACCCCCACAGGCUCUCUCAACCCGAAUGCAUCACAAUCAACCCUCCCUGGUAGUUCCGGCGGCAGCAGCAAUAGCAGUGGCGGCGGCAGCGGAGGUCUUGCGCCUGGUGCCAUCGCCGGCAUCGUCAUCGGGAGUGUUCUCGGUCUCGCCCUCAUUGCGUUCCUAAUAUGGUUCUUCCUCCGCCGCCGUCGAAGCCGCGCCGACCACGUCUCGGACGGCGCGUACGGCACCGGCCACAACCCCCACGAGUACCUCACCGAUAAGGAGACUCACGCCCGGGUGACCGAAUCCCCGCACUCCCCCUACACGGACGAUGGGCAGCACCAGCACUCCCAGCAUCAGCUUCACCAGCAUCAGUCGCAACCUCAGGAGCAGCAUCACCUGUCUCGGGAACUGCAUCAAGACGAUCAUAACGACACUUUUGAGACUUCCGCCACCGCAGCAGCAGCAGCAGCAGCACCUACCUCGGCUAUCAGCCCUACAGAACACCACCAGCCUCCUUUUGCACCAUACCGAGAGGAAAACAUGUCCACCGCCUCGCGGUCAGUCGAGGACAUGACCCGCAGCGGCGCUGGCGGUCCCCGCUCGUCGACACCGAACGUCAAUUCCAACGUCUCGCAUCUGAUUGAGGACGGCAUGACGGAGGACGAGAUUCGGAGGCUGGAGGAGGAGGAGAUGGCGUUAGACGCAGCCAUUGAGCAAGCCGGACCGCGGAGGAAGCCGUAA